AUGGCAGAGGUGCGUUUAAAGUGGUUCCACACAUUCUUAUUCCUCUUCCAAGCUAUUUUGACAAUAGCCGAUACCUCUACAGACAUCAUGACCUGUCUGACUUACAGAGCAAACGACGAUCAACAAUGGUUUGCAGUGAGUCUCGGCGUCACGCUCUUGACGCUUAUAGUGCUGUGCAUUUGGUCGGUAAUUGCGAGCACAAGUCGUACUUGGACAAAAGAUGAUGCUGAUGACGAAACUGGUAACCCCGAUGUAAUAUUCCGUUCGACUACGAUUAAUGUUGCUCUAGCUUGUUUGUGCGUUGGGCCUCCUCUGCAUAGCGUUCAGUUGUUUAUCUUUUGCGCUUGUCGCUUCAAAGAGCUUUGGAACUCACCCGAUGGUUUGCGGAUUGAAAAGGGUCGUCUCUACUAUCUUUACGUUCACACGCUGAACUUGAAAAUGGUGGAAGGCCUUUUGGAAUCUGCCCCGCAACUGAUGAUACAAGUCUACGUGAUGGUGAUGCAAAGAGAGGAAGCCAAAAUUGAACUGAUUCAAAUGAUUUCGGCACCGGUUUCCUUUUUGGCUCUCGUAUGGAUGUCUACUUCAAUGGAAGUUCUCCGAGAAUUUGAAAAAUACAACUUGACAUUUCUUCACAAUGUUGUCAUCUUCCUUGGCAACGCCGGAAUGAUUGCUGCUCGCACGCUGGCGAUUGUCUUUUUUACUCUAUAUUUCCCAUGGCGGUUACCUUACGUAAUCGGAGUUCAUUGUCUCGUAAUGGUGGCCACUGGAUUCUUGCUAUGGCGAUCAAAUCGGAAACAAGAUAUGUUUGUGUUUAUUUUCGCUUAUUCCCCAUUUUAUCUUUUCGUUUACAGCUCGUACUAUUUAAAAAAGCUGCGAGGUACUGCAUCGUUUGGUGCUGCACUUCAAACGUUAUCAACAAUUUUCUGGCACGCUCUUUUCACAGCUGAAAACAUUGUUAUGAUUAGCGUGUGUUUCUUCUUGCACGAUGAAAAUAAGUGGAUAAAUACUUCCGCUUUCGCUGCUGUUCUCAUUGGUAACAUUGGAGGGAUUCUCAUUAAGUGGCUCUCUUGGUGCUGUUGCUUUUCCGGGCAACCACAGGGCGAUGAAUCUAUCCGUCGACCCACGACAAUCAUUUUAAGACCGACUAACUAA